AUGGAAGACAUGGAAGAGGACAGCCAGCCAGGUCCUUCAAAUUGGCGAAGAAGAAAUGGUCCUAGAAAUCCGCACCAUAACUGGAGUGCUCAAAGGUCGAUGUAUUCAACAACCGCAUUCAGCCAUUCGACACCCAAUCUUCACAAUCGCUCACAAAGACGACACGUUCAUGGACAGACGCGGCGCGAGCGCGAUCAUAGUUCGAAUAGACAACAAUUGAUAUUCAACAACGCACGCCUAGUUCCAGCACCAGGUCCAGGAUCGGCAUUUAACAACGCACACCAAGAUCGAGGUCCUAGACCCUCUGCGAGUACGGAAGGUUCGGGAGGAAGCAAUAACACGAGAUCUAAUCGAUCGAACCGGGGCUUUCAAUCCAAUAAUAACAAGCGAUUCUUGGGAUUUAUAGCUUUACAAGAAAUAGCAGAAUCCGAAGAGAAGGAUGUGCUUCAGAAAAUAAAUGAUAAACGCGAAGGUUUUAUGAACAUUAUUAAUGCACCCAUCGAGAAGCACGAUGUUUUUGUAUUGGUUGUUGGAAUUCUGUCAAAAGUAACCCAAUCACCGUUUGUUGAAUUAAAAUCAAAAUUAUUGUUUGACGUUUGUAAUUCAGAUUUCAUUAAUAAGUUACAGUCGUAUUUAGUGGCUUUACCUUUUGUGAGCAAUAAGGCUACCAAUAAUUUGUAUUGGAAGGAUCAAAGCCAGUUUUGGAAGAACUUGAUAACAUUUUGCGGUGAUAUAGUCGAUACGUCACCAGCUACGGCUAUCAGGCGAUUUAAACCGCUUAUAGAGGGUGUGAUGAAAAUGUGUUUGGAAAGUUUACAUGAUAAGUACGGACUUGUGCUAUCUGAAGACUGUAUCAUGAAGUUAGAUGAAAUUCGCCAGAAGAUGAUUGCAUACGAAGACAGAUAUCAGUCGACAUCGACAGGGAAGAGAGAAGGGAACAAUUGUGAGUUUGCGGAUUUGCAACCUCCGGAUAAUUUCCGUGAUUUAAGCGUGGUACCGACAAAAGACGACUUGUUGGGGUCGCAACCGUUCUUACGAGCAAACAUCGUCGAGGGCGGCUAUACGGAUGUGGAACAUUACUUAGAUGUACAGUUCCGACUUCUCCGAGAAGAUUGCUUUGGUCCAUUCCGAGAUGGUUUGCAUCAGUUUUUGGCAGACCCUAAUAGAAAAAAAUACGAUCACAUUCGAGUUUUUCACAACGUACGAUUUGUGUGCCCUUACAUUGACAAUUUAAGAACUGGUGCUUUAGCACAAAUCGAUAUGAAAAAAAACAAAAAUUUCCGCAAAAUUAAUUGGAAAAACAGCAAGAGAUUCCUGUUCGGUUCUUUGGUGUUAUUCACAAAAGAUAAUUUUAAUACUUUUAUGGCUGCUACUAUCCUGAAUCGAGAUGCCAACCUCCUUUCGUGUGGGAAGUUACCAGUUUCAAUUAUAGAUGUGAAUCUAGAUGAUAGUAUCUACAACGGAGAAAUGUAUACUAUGGUCGAAAGUGAAGUUUAUUUUGAACCUUAUUACCACGUAAUGAAAGCUCUGCAAGAACCCUCAUUUCCACAACAUUUGGCUAUGCAACAGUACAUAGUCAAAGUAGCUCCUACUUUGAAUCCUCCUGCUUAUUUAACUAUAAAUACUAAGUUUGAAAUUCCAAAUAACCAAUUAACUCCAGGAAAGGAUCCAGUUGUAUUUACAAAAAGGAAUGAUGACAUACCAUUUGAAUUCGAUUUCGACCCAAACGACUCUGAUGAAAUAGAUGGACGGAAGGAUAAUGAACAGUUAAAAAAGACAUUUACUGUUUUACAACCGAAUACUUGGCCAACGAUGGAAGAUUUAAAUUUAAACAAAAGUCAGUACGAGGCUUAUUAUUUAGCUCUUACCCAGGAAUUUGCCGUUAUCCAAGGGCCACCAGGGACGGGUAAAACGUUCAUCGGCAUACAAGUUGCGAAAACAUUGUUAAAUAAUGUUCAAUCCAACGGAGAAUGUUUAAUGCUGAUUAUAUGUUACACCAAUCACGCGUUGGAUCAAUUUCUUGAAGCAAUAUCCCAAGUAACAAGAUCUAUAGUUCGAAUUGGAGGGCAGUCUCGUAACAAAGCUCUGGACCAGUUUAACUUGGUUAAUUUAAGACGAAGUGCUUUAGUACCCUCUGCUUCUGCGUCUCAUAGAUUUUUCAUCGAGCAAAAAAAUCUAGUAAGAAGGUCAAUAUACGAACUUCAGUCGGCUCUCAAGACACUCGAUGUUAUAAAUAAUGGGGUUCUUAGUUACCGCUGUCUGAAUAUUCCACCUCUAGAACUGCUUUAUGAGUAUUAUCAGAAUCGAGGAAAAGAAUUGGAAGACCCACUAGAAUAUUGGUUGUUUGAACGGCUUUCAAACAGUUAUGAGUACUACAGAGACCUGGAGGAUUGUCUAUUAGAAUAUGAGACUGUAGUGGAUACUGAAGAGGAAAUCGAUGAUCGAAGGGAGCGUAUGGUUUUGGAUGACGAGAAACUAGUCUCAGAUGUUUUAGAACAAGCAAAGGCUUCAUUUUUGUUAUCCAAUGCCAAAUCUGAAAUGAGAGAGUUAGUUGCAAAUUACAAAAAAUGUUCAGAUAUCAAUGAAAAAUAUUUUCUAUCAAACUCCAUACAGAAUCUUGAUGCUCGAAUUAAUUUAUUUAAUGAUAUGGUUACUUAUCGUCAUCGCGAAGUCGUUUUGCAUAUAAAUGAAAGAACAAAUUUUUCGGAAAUAACAGUACAGAACCGAUGGUGUCUAUAUUUCACAUGGAUAAGACAAAAAAUGGAUGAAGUUAAAGAGGAAAUAGCAAAUUUACAAGCAGCAGUUACGCCAGCACUGACCGCUUAUGAUGAAGCUAGAAUGAUGGUGGACGUCCAAUUAAUAAAAAAUAGGAAGACUAAAGUAGUAGGCAUGACUACUAGUGGCGCAGCAAGGAUGCGAAAACUGUUACAAACGAUUGCACCAAAAAUUGUAAUAGUGGAGGAAGCUGCAGAAGUGUUGGAACAGCACAUAAUAACCUCACUUACAAAGGAUUGCCAACAUUUCAUUCUUAUUGGCGAUCAUCAGCAACUACGGCCGUCGGCGUCUCACAUAAAGCUGGCAAAACGAUACAACAUUGAGGUGUCAUUGUUUGAACGAAUGAUAACAAACGGGAUACAUAGUCGUCGUCUGAAUGUGCAACACCGCAUGCGGCCUGAGAUCGCCGCUCUCAUUUCUCCUCAUAUAUACAAAGACUUAGCGAACCACCCGUCUGUUGAAACGUUCAAAAAUGUGCCAGGUGUAGAAAAAAACGUUUACUUCUUUACACACGACUAUCAAGAACACGUUUUAAAUGAAGGUAACAGUCGAGAAAAUCGCAAAGAAGGGGACAUGGCAUUGGCUUUGGCGAAUUAUCUAAUGCAACAAGGCUUUACCUCUGAUGACAUCACAAUUCUUGCGGCUUAUUCGGGACAAAUGUUUUACAUGAAAAAAGAACGCGAAAAAUACGCAAGUUUAUCACGAGUUAAAAUAACAGUCGUCGAUAAUUAUCAAGGAGAGGAAUCUAGAAUAAUAAUCCUGUCACUUGUACGAAACAACCCUGACAACCAAAUUGGAUUUCUUGGAACCGAGAACAGGGUUUGUGUGGCUCUUUCGCGUGCAAAAGAAGGUUUUUACAUAUUCGGCAAUAUGAAUAUGCUGAAAGCAAAAUCGGGACUGUGGAGAGAAAUUGCAACGACUCUGGAAAAUAACGGAACUUUGGGGUCGCAAUUGAUAAUGAAAUGUCAAAAUCAUCCUGAGCAAAUGUUAAAGCUUUCUACCCCGGAGGAUUUCGAGAGGUUACCCCCAGAAGGAGGAUGUUACGAAAAAUGCAAUUUCCAAUAUCAUUGCGGUCACAAGUGUCAACUUUACUGCCACGGCUACGAUCGCGAACAUGUUAAAACGAAAUGUACUAUGAAAUGUGAAAGGGUUCUAUGCGAGCGUGGUCAUGUGUGUCCAUUGAAAUGUAAGCAAGAUUGUGAACCAUGCAAAGUUUACAUAAUGAAGACCCUGCCAUGUGGGCACGAAAUGAAUGUCUACUGCCAUCGUGAACCUGAAGACCCAAGAAACCAAUGCAUGACAAAAGUUGAGGUUAUACUGCCGGAUUGUCAACAUAAGGCACAGGUUGAAUGUUACAAGGAUAUAAAUAAAGUGAAAUGUUUGGAGCCCUGCAAGUAUCGUUUGGAGGAGUGUGGUCAUGUUUGCGGACGCAAAUGUCACGUUACUGACGACCCUAACCAUGAGAGUUACGUUUGCACUAAGCCCUGUGCUCGUGCAAAAGCGGGAUGUACGGCGGAACUAAUGGGAGAUCGUGGUGACCAUCAAUGCCGCAACAAAUGCCACGAAAAAUGUGACACUUGUACCGUUCCAGUAAAGAAAAAAAGGUCGACUUGUAAGCAUAUGGAAACUGUAGCGUGCAACGUCGAUAUUGACAAAAUGAAAUGCCUUACGAAAUGCGCUAGAAUGAUGACAUGUGGACAUUACUGCAAAAAGAUUUGUUUCGAAGAAUGCACAGACUGUUCACAAAUGGUCUGGAAAGAACUUCCCGAAUGUAAACAUAAAGUAAAGGUGAAAUGCAUGGACACUCCCGAUCGAAGUCUUUGCCCUGAGAAAUGUAUGCGUCUGCUUUUCUGUGGGCACCUGUGCAAAGACAGGUGCGCAGUGCCAUGCGACAUUACAAAGUGCACCGAGAUUACAUCUCAAGAGGUCCUUUCUCCUUGUGGUCACAAAGUCAAGCUUCCGUGUAAUAUGUCAAAAUUGUACAUAAAAGGCGAGUUGGCGAGUAGCGCGGUGCUGGAGGCGUGCGCGGCGGCGUGCGGCGCCACGCUGGCGUGCGGCCACGUGUGCGGCGCCACGUGCGCGCGCUGCCGCCAGCGCCGCCUGCACGCGCCCUGCACGCAGCCCUGCAACCAGGACAACAUCUGCGGACACACAUGCCAGGAGCCCUGUAACCAGAUCUGCCCGCCGUGCAAAAGACCCUGUGAAGUAAAGUGCGCGCACUCGAAGUGUAAGAAGUUGUGCGGCGAACCGUGCACUCCUUGUAAGGAGGAGUGUGGGCGCGCGUGCCCGCACGGGCGGUGCGGGCGGCGCUGCGACGAGCCGUGCGAGCGCAGCGCGUGCGACGAGCGGUGCGCGCGCCGCACGCGCUGCGGACACAUGUGUCGCGGCCUGUGCGGGGAGCCCUGCCCCGACAUCUGCCAGAUCUGUCGCCCAGAACAAUUCCCUACCGACUUCCUCGGCGAUGCUUACGGAGAUAACGACAAAUUUAUUUUACUUGAAGAUUGUGGACAUGUCCUGGAGGUCGACGACAUGGAUAGUCUGAUGCUGGGCGAUCAAGAAAACAUUACUAUACGAACAUGCCCAUUUUGUCGCAAACCGAUCAUCAAUACCAAUAGAUACAAAGAUAUCGUGAACAAAAGGUUCAAAGAUGAUAUAAAUCCUAUAAAGAUCCGAGUUUACGGAACAGACGAUAAAAUUUUGACGAAGAUUAAAGAACUGCGUAGAAAAAUGGCGACAUGUUUUGCAAAAUACGUGACAGAUAUUUCAACGGAUGAAAAAUUGAAAACCACAUAUAAAAAUCUAGAAAAACUUGUGAUAAAGCAGAAAAAGGUGUCACUUGUGCAAGUGGAAAUGGAAUGUGUAUACCUCAAUAUAUUUGAAAUGAUUGUUGAAUGUUGGCAACAACAUCGUAAACAAACAACCAUUUUCGUGGACGAAAUGAAGGAAAAUAUGAAUAUGCUACUAGAUGCAAUUGCAAUUAAACCAACAACAACAUUGCCAGUUAAAAUAAGUGAACAACAACAAAAAGAUAUUAGUAAUGAGAUUAAACGAUUGAACAUCAUAACACAAUUCGGUAAACUUCUGAAUACAUGUCAGCAUAUGAAAAAUCUACCGAAAGUGAAAGAACAAAUUGAAUUAACAAAAACAAUAGUGUUCUCUGUAUCUGUGUUUUCUGAAGAUAAGGCUAUAGAGUGUCUGAAAACGCUGCAAGGGAUAAUUAAAGUUAGUGGUGAAAUCACUAAAUAUGAGAGACAACUUAUUGUUAAAGCCAUUGGUCUAAAAGCAGGUCACUGGUAUAAAUGCCCUAAUGGGCAUAUCUACUGUAUUGGCGAGUGUGGCGGAGCAAUGCAAGAGAGUACGUGUCCGGAAUGUAAUGCACGUAUAGGAGGCACACGCCAUACCCUACUCCCUGGGAACCAGCAUGCGCCUGAAAUGGAUGGGUCACAAUUUGCAGCUUGGUCGGAACAGAACAACUUAGCAAAUUUCGAACUUAACUUCUAA